AUGACUCCUACCCGUCGCGUCGCCAUUAUCCAGUGGCACAUCAAGGUACAACGCCUCGGACCCCAAGUCUUUAUCUAUGACGCCCACGCCACUAACCACCUACAUAUGCAGGACGUCGCUAUAGAAGACAACCAUGCAGCUGCAUGCAAGUAUAUUCGGGACGCCGCAUCACAAGGAGCAGAACUAGCCGUUCUCCCCGAAUACCACCUAAGCGGCUUCACCCCGACAGACCCGCGCUGGGCCAUUCAAGCCGCCGACUCGGCAAAGUACCUCUCCGCGUACCAAGCGCUCGCCAAAGAGUUGAAAAUCUGCCUUGUUCCCGGAACCAUCAUUGAGAAGGAAGAAAGUGUUAGCGGGGACCUCUUCUGGAACACGGCGUAUUUCAUUUCGAACGACGGGUCUAUUCUCGGCUCUUAUCGCAAGAAGAAUAUUUGGCAUCCUGAGCGUCCGACGUUGGCUUCAUCUGGUCUCGAUGCGCAUGUUGCUAUCGAUACGCCGAUUGGGCGUGUGGGAAUGCUGAUUUGUUGGGAUCUUGCGUUCCCUGAGGCCUUUAGGGAGUUGAUUGCUGAUGGGGCGGAUAUUGUCAUCAUUCCGACUUAUUGGACGCCUCAUGAUGCGUCGGUCGAGGCGAGGGCAUUUAACUCGGAUGUCGAGGCGUUGUUCUUGGACUCGACGCUGACGGCGCGCUGUUUUGAGAAUACGUGUGCGGUUAUCUUUGCGAAUGCUGCGGGGCCGGCAGAGGAUUUCCUUGGCUUGUCGCAGGUUACUCUGCCGCUUGUUGGACCUGUUGUGAAGAUGGGGAAUGAGGAGGGUGUGAGGGUGGUGGAUAUGGAUUUGGGGAUUUUGGAUGUGGCUGAGAGGAAUUACAAGGUGCGGCAGGAUUUGAAGAAGGAGGAUUGGCAUUAUGUGUAUCGGCACAGUGUUGGCAAAUAG